CUUACUUCGAUUAAACCAUGGUCAACAUCCCCAAGACCAGAAACACCUUCUGCAAGGGCGGUAAGUGCAAGAAGCACACUCCCCACAAGGUUACCCAGUACAAGGCCGGUAAGGCUUCCCUCUUCGCCCAGGGUAAGAGACGUUACGACCGUAAGCAGUCCGGUUAUGGUGGUCAGACCAAGCCCGUCUUCCACAAGAAAGCCAAGACCACCAAGAAGAUCGUCCUCCGUCUUGAGUGCACUGCCUGCAAGUACAAGAUGCAGCUCUCCAUCAAGCGUUGCAAGCACUUCGAGUUGGGUGGUGACAAGAAGACCAAGGGUGCCGCACUCGUCUUCUAAAUUAACGUCAAUAAAAUAUAACACGAUAUUAUCGAGCCUUGCUUUGCCGCUAU